GUCGGAGCCUUCAACACCUAAACACCUGGAUCUCUAACCAAACGAUAUGGAUAACCGCAGUUUGCUGCUGAGGCUUUCGAUUGUGGUGGCACUGGUUCUGCUGCUCAUCUGCGUACCGGAAACGGAUGCGGGAGGUCACCAGAAGAAGAAAAAAAUCGUUAUCCACGUGCCAAUUCACAAGAAAAUAGAGAAGCACAUACACACGGUGGUGAAACAUGUACACCACCACCACAAGCCACUCGUUCUGAAGGAGGAGAAAAAAGUAAUCCACGAGGACCAUCGGCCCAUCCAGAUCCACCAGACUAAGGAGCAUAUACACCACCACGAAAAGCACGAUCAUCACGACCACCACGAUCACCAUGAUCACCACGAGCACCACCACCCACUCCAGACGCCGGUGGCACCUCCUGUUCUCCCAGAACUCGAAGAGGAGGAGGAGCACAUUCACCACCACCAUAACUACGAGCACAGGGGUGGAUUGAGGGACGACUUUAUCGGCGGCGAUGGAAGCAGCAGCGAGGAGCGCUGA